AUGGAAGAGGAAGGCCUUGAAUCAACAGAAGGAAGAGACUUGGUGACAGAAAGAAAAGCAGUGGUCUUUGAGGGCAAUGUGAGAGAACUCGCAAUGAUGAAACCAGUCACCACAUGUACCGUCAAAGGGUGUAGUCAGCCAGUCUCGUUGAAUACUAAAUAUUCUGGCACUGCUAUUUAUUUGAAAUGGAUAUGUGGAAAGGGCCACAUGUUAAAGAAGUGGUGCUCCCAACCAAAAGUGAAAGGUAGGCUGUCAGGUGAUUUCCUUCUGGCGGCUGCCAUCUUGACAAGUGGCAACAACUACGAGAAAGUGAAAUUACUGUUCAGAUUUUUCGGUAUGGGCAUCACUGCCAGAACAGCUUUCUUCCAUAUACAAGGAAAGCACUGCGUACCAAUAAUAACAGACUACUUUCAAGACAUGAUAUGCAAAAACAGGGAAAAGGUGAUUGGAAAGACAGUCACAAUUGCAGACAAGCAAAUGGAAGUGAAUCUACCCUCCUUACACACUGGUGAACUAGAAACAUUUCAUGAGGCAAUCCUUAUGUACUGUGCCAAGCAAUAUGCAUACACGUACCCGAUAUACAAAGCCAGAAACACGCUCGCUGCGUUAGACUAUCAACAUCAUAAGGACAGACCUCUGCUGAAAAUCAAAACAGGAGAGCCACAAUUGCAUCGCACAUGGAGCAAGCGGUCUUCAACGUGGUCGACAUACCAGGAGAGAGAACCCAAACAAUAUCAGUACAUACCCGAAAUGAUGAUAGAUAUGAUUGAAGACUUUAAAAGUAGCGAUACACCGUUAACAGCACCAUCAAAAAUGUCACCAUCUGACCCAAGAAAAUUAAAAAGAACAAAGAGUCGCCACCACCAACAAAAUUUCUUUUUUCGGAAAAGAAAUCCCGCUACAUGGAUCCAUCUUCAGAUAGGAAAGAUACAGCUUGAAGUCCCUGAAAGAUCUGUGUAUUAUGUGUACUGUUCAAACACUCAAAGUGCCAGUAAUUUGGAAAAAACAUUGACAGUCCCAUCAAGUUCAAGCAAAAGUUUGACUAUAAUAAGGAAAGGAACAAUCGGCAAGAGUGUUUUACUGUUUGACAUGAAGUUUGACUGUACUUAGGAAGUUACCGUAGGCUAAAGAGCGUUAUACUGUUUGAUUUUUGACAAUACAUAAUAGUUACCAUGAAGAUGACAAAUGUACAUUAUGCUAUCUGCAUUGGCAUGUUUUUUUCUAAUCAUUAAUAAAACAGGUGCUUUCAAAUUCAAAUAAGUGUUAUCCUGGAUUUAUGAUCAGUAACUGUAGUAACCAAGUGAUUAAUCCAUCAGUGUUUCUGUUAUGCACCAUUGUGUUACUGAUAAAUUAUUGCUUUUAUACACACUAAUGAUUUUACUGAAAGGAAAUUUAGGUAGAAAAUGCAGUAGUCAGCAGAUGGCCCUUAUUUUUUGUCAAACUUGAUUGGGGAAAGCGAGGACAUUUGUCCAGAUGACUGUUCGGAGUAUCUACCAGUUUAAUUUUUGUCCGUACAAUAAUUUUGAUACACAUGGAGUACCGUCUUCUUGUUUGUAUUCAGCAUUAAAGGUUCACACCAAUGAGACAGAAUGUGUAAACGUUAGGUUCAUAUCUCAAAUGUCAAGGCCACACUUGCAGGUCAAAGGUCAUUUCAGAUCACUUUGACAGCAUAAAUGAUUCUUGUUUAUAUUAGCAUGUCAUUAGUAUUAACCUGAAUAAGACAGAGUGUUGCAUGCAGACUUCAGGUUCCAAUAUCAAAGGCCAAGGUCACGUAUGUCAGAGGUCAUUUCACAGCUUGUCUAGGCAAUCCUUUUAUUGUGUUCACCUCCAUGAAACUGAAUGUCAUGGGCAAAAUCCAGAACCCUGUCGUUCGGCUGGUUUCAUUGUUUUCAGACGGUAACUUGUGAAAGGCUCGAAAAAUGUAGUAAUUUCUGGUUCACAGGUCAAACAUCUUAAAUUACAGUCUUGACUUUUGAUGUCAAAGUCAAGAUCAAGAGAACUCUGAACAGUUUACGGUUUCAGGAUAACUUGAACGCUCGAGCCUACAAUCAUGUAGGGAGGUUGUUCAUGACCAGCAGGUGACCCCUUUGGCUUCGAGGUCAUAAGGACAAGGUCAUAGUGAUCCGGAAAAGUUAAAACAUUUUUGGAAGAAAACUUGAGGACACUUGGGCCUACUGCCCUAGGAUCAUUAAAAUUGAUAAGAGGUUGAUCUUGAACAGCAGAUGGCACCUAUUGAUUUUGAAAUAAAGGCUAAAGGUCACAGUGACACUCAUGUGACAUGAAAUAUAUAAGCUAAUUGGCCGUCGGCAUUGUUGCCUUUUUGGUUUCAGCGUUCUAAUUUUUUCUGGUCAAGUCACUUUAAAAUUAAAUUUUAGCCUGCUAAUGCCUAGAAUAAUGUUGGACGAGGCGAAAUUUGUUGCAUUGAUGGUGUUUAGACAAGUUUGACUAACUGCAUUUUGCAGAAAUAACUAAACAGUGAGACCAAACAUUUAGAAUUCCAACCUUUAACCCUUACCAUGCUGAACACGAUUGGUUCUGCUUUUGCAACAAGUGUAGAUCAUGAUCAGACUGCUUAUCCAUGUUCACUAUUCAGUCAGUAUCACUUUGGUAAGCACCCCUUUUAAUAGUAAUGGUACUGUCUUAGUUGGACACAAUUGGAUCAGCCUUUGCGACCAGUGUAGAUCAUGAUCAGACUGCUUAUCCAUGUUCACUAUUCAGUCAGUAUCACUUUGGUAAGCACCCCUUUUAAUAGUAAUGGUACUGUCUUAGUUGGACACAAUUGGAUCUGCCUUUGCGACCAGUGUAGAUCAUGAUCAGCCUGCACUUCUGUACAGUCUGAUGAUAAUCUGCACUGUUCGCUUUCCAGUAUCAUUUUGUUAAGCACCCAUUUUAACAGUUAAUAAUGGUACAUUCCAAGUUGGAAGAUGGAUAAGUUCAUUAUAGAAAUUUAGCAUGGUAAAGGUUAAAUGGCUAUCAAAUAUUUUAGAAACAAUCAAGGCAUACUGGUGUAUAUACAGUUUACUAAAAUACAUGAGAGAUUAUGUAUAGAAAUAAAACAUAUUUAUAAUAAACAAAACAAUUUGUUUUACAUGUCCAAUAUACCGCCAUCUAUAAAACUUCUUCAUGUACACGAAAGUAUGUUUAUCACUGCUAAACAAUUCCUGAAGGUAUUUUUUGCCCAACAAAGAUGCAAGACAUUUUCCUUCAUUUUUUUCAUAUUUUGUGCUCGUUAAACAAGUACUUUGUCCUAAUAACUACCAUUAUCUCAAUUUCUCAAUAUUUGCCAAGCUGUGUUUUUGUCAUGAACAAAAUAAUUCCCUAAGUUAUACUUAUAAGGCUAAAUAUUUAUUUUUUAGAUAUUUUGCUUAUUUUUGAUAAAUUAUACAAUUUAACAUGUCUCUCAAUUAGAACCUAUAACUUUUAUUUCCUUUUUAACCGAAUGCAUUUUAUCACUUGGUUAAAGCACUGUAAACAAUGUUUUUAGGACUGAACAGUGAACACCAUACUCCUCAAUAAGUUCAAAUAAAUCUGUCUGGUAUAAACCCAGUGUACUGGUUUAGUUGACUUGGGUAUCUGUCCCUUAUGGUCCAGACACAACAGCUAGGGGUUACCCUUCUCACGCCAGCACCCAAUCGUCCAUGUCGCCACAAGAUUAAGUUUCUAUAAGCAACAUGCCUCAUUGACUUUUGAUAAUUUUCAAUGGUUUGAUUAUAGCGUCCCAGCAUCUCCCUAUGGUAGCGUUGGCCCAAUGCUAAUACUUCUGGAUUGAGAACCAAGGUUUCUAUUUGCUGAAAUCACAAAUCAUUAUCUUGCUUGUGAAACAAUAUAUAGAUUGAUAACACUGAAAUACAAAAUUGCAUUUUCAGUUGUGUAAGUACAGGUUUUCAAAGAAAAUACAUUUCUACACUACAGAAUUAUUAUGAGAAUAGAUAAAAUGUUAACUGCUCAACUUCACUCAUCUUUAUUAUGAAACAAUAACUUGGAAUAAAUGAUUUCAUUUUGUGA